CUUGCAGUUUGUCGUACGGAACUGACCGUUCAAUAAAUAAUAAUUAUACAUCACGCAUCUUAUCGACAGAGAUUUAAGGCAGUAAAUGGAUUAUGUUCUUUCGUCGGAACUGAUUAAUGUUAUAUAUUAAAGUUAAUUAGACUUUUGUUCACGAUUUUCAUUGUGUAUCGUGUUGGUUGGUGUAUAAUGAGAAUGAUGGGCGACGGUGAGAUGGGCUACGGUGACUAUUACAACUACGACAACAACUGGUCUAUUACUCCUGCGGACUAUGGUGCUGAUCCGAACUGUCAGUACAGACAACCGCAGGUCGAAGAAGACUAUCGUUAUGGCACUUAUGCAUUACUUGAUAGUAUGAAGAUGCCGGGUCAGCGGCCAGGAUUUCAAAUAUCUGAUAUUCUGGGCCUCAAUGAAGCUAAAGGCUUAGAAGCUCCAGCGCAGGGCAGCCUCAGCUCGCUAGAGCUACCGCCCUACGCGCCGCCUCAGCAUUAUUCGCAUGAACUAUUGAGACAUCAUCAACCUUGGCUAUCCUUGGAUCAACACGAUGCCACCGGUAUUAUUGGACAACAAGCGAGUCCGGAUAGCACGUCUCGUGCAUCCGAGCUGUCUUAUAUAGGCCCAGCGGCCUCGUCUCCGAACGUCGUUGACGCCCGUCUUGACCACGAUCACGACCACGACCACGACCACGACCACAGCUUAGAACACGAUGACGACAACGAUCAUGAUCAGCCACCGACAGGCAACGAUUCCGGUCUCUCACACAAGAAACGUAAACGCCGUGUUUUAUUCUCUAAGGCCCAAACGUAUGAAUUAGAAAGACGGUUCAGGCAACAGAGAUAUCUAUCGGCUCCAGAAAGAGAACAUCUAGCCAGUUUAAUACGUUUGACGCCGACACAGGUAAAGAUUUGGUUCCAAAACCACAGAUACAAAACGAAGCGAGCCGUUCAAGAAAAAGGUACGCAUGAUUUGAACGUUGGUGGUUUGAAUUCACCGAGACGUGUAGCGGUUCCGGUACUCGUGAAGGACGGCAGACCGUGCAUCGGAAAGCCAGAUGGGCUGCCUCCACUUGGUAUGUCUCUUCCUCCAUAUCAGCCGAUGCAUCAUCAGCCGCCAGUCACGGGGCACGGCCCUCAACCCAGUGGAUGUUGGUGGUGAAUAAUUUUCUAAAUUAAGAAGUGGUUAACUAGUCGUUGUAGCCGUUUGCGAAGGCUUUGCAAUAUUUAAAGACCGGUUUUGCUUUAAGCGAUGUAAUUUGCUCUUAUGUGAGUACAUUUAUAUAUACGUGGAGAUUCAGUAUGUCCAACGGCGCGCUUAUCUGUCUGACGCAUGCAAUCGGUUUACAGCAAACUGAUAAGUAUGAAGGUAACAUAGAAACAGAAUAUUGGCAUUGGUCUCUUUAAAUAUUUUUGCAAAUUCAUCGCAAUAUUUAUUUAUUACAUAAGUAAAACAAAAAAUAAGGCUAUUUUUUUUUUCGUUCUGAGAAUAUUGUAAUGUAUGACUUAGUUUUGACUACCAGCUCGAAUACUGAUGGUAUUGGUUCCUAUUUUAUUGUAAUACCUUAAACGAAUAAGAAAUCUUAAAAGAAGGACUCCAAACUAUUUUGAAGAAUUUAACACAUAGAAUCUUUUCAUAUAUUUUUUAAAUGUUUGCCAAAAUUUAUUCUCAAUUAAGAUGAUUUUUUACAGUUAAGUAAAAAUAGUUCAACUUCAAGUUUAAACAGUUUUGGUGUAAUCUUUUAGAUUGUAGGAGAAUGAAAAAUACAACAUUAAUAGUUUAAUUCAGUUAUUAAGUGAACUGCAUUUUAGUAUUCAUUUGUAAAUUAUUGUAAAAAGCAAGCAACAAUUAUUAUCUAAGAUAUCAUUAUAAAAAAGACCAGAUUUUAUCAGAUUGCAAUAUUUAGACGUAAGAUUCAGUAUUAUCAUAGUCGAAUACGCCUAGAGAAUAGUUAUUUAUGUAUAUUCCAAAAAAUAUAUUUAUAAAAUAAUUUCAUAGCUUAAACAUAGUGUAGAACUUAGGAAAUGUAUAUUAUGUACAUAUUGAUUUAUGAAAUAUGUUUGAUAAAGAAUAAUAUUUCUUUUUACCAGACUUGAAUUUUUUUACAUUAUAUAUUUUAUGUGAUUCUUAUAAUUUCUUUUUUAUACUUCAUAAACAUUCCAACGAAAAAUAAUAUAAGUGUGUUUCAUCAAUACCCUAUUCGAUGUGUUGAAUUUGU